UGGCCACCCAUGAAAAUGGCUGCAUCGGGAGGAAAUAUUGAAUGGUCUACAACAGUUAAACCAAUUUUAACUUCAUUACAUGGCCCUUUUUUCGACAAUGAUGUCGUUGAAAUUAUUCAGGCUAUAAUUAAAAGUGAAAGCGAGUUCCAGAGUCAUGACGACGUAUAUGACCUAUUUUACACAUGCUUUGCCUGUCUUUCAGCACAUUAUAUCAGCGAAAAUGCAUACAGCUUACCAGUCGAUCAACUUGGCGCAGCACGGGAUGCAUUUAGAAUUAUUCUCGGUCAAAUCCUCAAAAAGCUUUCUGAAGUUGGAAUGCGCUACGAUGACGCAAACAACACGGCCGCUUCUAACGUGUCCAUAAAACAGCUCCUACUGCCUAUUGUGGGGCUAUGCGGUAUCGAUGGUGGAGGCCUUCCCCAAUCUGAUCUGGUAAUACUGACAUCACUGCUCAACAGUGCAAAACUGCCUCCGCAUGUCAAUGUAACAGAAACACCGCCCACUAAAUCUUCAGUUAUACCAAGCCCAAUAACAUCGUUGGCGUCACAAACGACAUCGACUGAGAAGCAGGCUCCGACAAGUACCCAACGUCGUUCAGACGCUUUACUCGAACAAUUGACACUGCCCUUAAGAAACCCUGUGAGUGCGACAGUCCAGAGUCAACCGAUCCCUGGGUCCAUGCCUCCCGGAAGCAAGGAGAGCUCAGAUAAUACCAAAGAUGGGAACGCGUCUCAACAAGUUGCCGUCGAUAAGAAGAAGUGGGUUGCAUCUACGUGUUCAUCACUACUCAUGGAGCUGAGAGCUGGCUCGGUGGUACUGAAAGUGUGCUUGUCUCUAUCCUGCCUCCAGCGCUACUUGAACCGCUGGCAGAACGCCAAGGAGAGCGCCAUUGUACCACAGUUUAACUCUGAUGCCUCACUUCUUCACUUUCUAGUAAACGAGGUGCAUGUGUGCCGUCUCGCUCUCUCCCUACCUUGUUUAGAGCCAUUCACUCCAGAGCGUAUUUCAGCUCUCAGCGACAUAGCUACCGCGUGGUUGUUAUGUUGUGCUACAGCGCAGGCUUCCCUACAUCCAAAGGACGAGGAGAGCGAGCAGCAGACAGCAACUCUAGUCGAAAGCGCACUCAGUCUUUAUAACACAGUUGGAGAAACGUUUAAACAAUCUACACGCGCUGGCGGCUAUGUAUAUCAAAACCACCUGAUGAUCGGUGCCUGGGUGCUGGUGUGCGGUCUUCAUCACGUGCUGGCGGGCGCUCCCGGCCCUCCCCGGAGCCCUGCAAGAGUUCCCUCGCGACCAUACAAUCUGACUAAGAUGCAGCAAGGUCUCAGUGUAGUGUGGGUGGCGUUGGGCGGUCGCUGUCUAUCGUGGAUGGGAGCGUUACUGUCGGACGCGCGUCUGGAGGCUAUGAGUGUGACCACUACAGCCGGCACGAGCUCGCCCGCGCCGUUACAGAUCCUCGCUCAUCACACCGCUCACCAGAGGGAACUGAGACUGGCCACCGCGGCGCCCCUACACCAGCUGUUAGUCGCGCUAGGCGUUGUCUGCUAUCGCAAGGCCACCAAUUUGAAGCGCGCGGUGGUGCAGAAGCAGCAUCAGGACGCGGACCCGGACCGCUCUGACUCUACCGUUUACUUCCAAGACAUGAUACUGUGUUCCGAAGACUCUGAGACUGAUGAUGAGGACAGCGAACCGCUGUUUGGGUUGUGGUUUGAGUCGACCCUCGUGGCCCCGGAUGCCAUUGACAGCGGGUUGACUCGAGCCGGCGUCACGGACAACAACGACGCGAACGACGCCAACACCAGAACGCACCAGGCCAUCGUACCGGACAAGGCAGAACCGUAUUCCUACAUAACGUUAGCCACGGAGGUAUUCAAUCUCUUGACCGAGGAAAUCAUCAGUCAGGGCUCGGACCGCCUGGGAUCGAGCGCGCUCCAGCUGCACGAUACACAUCAAGCGCUGUUGGCCGCACUCGCCAAGGACCUGGACAGGGAAACCGCCAGGACGGAUAUUGGCACCAUAUCAUCUUGCUUCGGCGCUCGCCUGGGCUCGCUGUACGCGUCGUUCAGCUCGGCCCUGGUGCGAUACUUGCAUAAUUUGAGCGGCGCGCCCGCCUUCGCAUCUCUGCAACCGGCUCUACACCAGCAGCUACUGUCAUCUGGAUCUGAUAGGAACAAUAUGACGCCAUUGCAGGUGGGUCCGCGCGUAGUAAAGCUACUCGGCGGUAUGGUCCUGAGCAAGCCGCCAGCUGAUCGCGAGAACAGCAUCCUUGUGAUGUGGCACAAAAUUGUACACACGCUUCAGGAGUGUGCGUUACAGGCGCAGCCGAGUACAGACCAUGACUAUGAAGAUCUGAAUGUGGAACAUGCCCAACUCUUAGUGUACCUCUUCCAUUCCUUGACAUUGAUGCAGAAAAAGUCCGUGCUGCUUACAACAUCGAAUGCGAUCAUAAAAGUGGUGGAAACUCUCGGGAUUAAUGACAGGAAACGUUCAUCUACCUUGGCCCCGCACCAGCUCAUGCUGGCCACAAGACUGAUGCUCUUAUUGGAGUAUCUCAUGAAACAUCUUUACGACGCUCCGCAGACGUUACUACAGCAAAUUGAAUGGAAUCUCGUGAUCGCCCCCGGACUCGCUCAACCAACACAAGAUGUGAAUAAUAUCAAUUUAAAGGCGGCUACAGACAGCGGACAGAUCAAAUCACGUAUAUAUUGCGAAGUGCCCUACAUCGAGCAAGCGUACCGACGCCUGUCUCAGGACGAGACCUCUAUGAGACCAAAGUUCUACGCCCUCACUAACGCUGAGAUCAAUAAUCAGGAGAAUCCUAAACUAGACGGUCUAGCGUGUAACUUCGUCCUGGGAACUCCUCACAAGCUGAAGUACCCGUUGUUGUUGGACGCGAUUCUCUCUCUCCUGAACUCGGCCUGUAUGUGCGACAAUACAGCCUACAGCACGAACCCCACUGCCCUAGCGGCUUCACACUAUUGCUUCCAGACCGCUUGGAGGCUAGUGGUGAGUAUGCCUCCCGCCACGCCGCAUAUGGACAAGCUGCAGGCGGGUAUCGCUGCCGAACUGCCGUCGCCGCUGCCGUUACACGCGCUCGUGUGGGCGCCUCGGGCUGAUAAUAAAAAGGUGUUCAACCCCUGGCUCAAGGACGCUCUCGUUAAGCAAGGGAUGUACACACAGUAUGCUGAAAACUUGCUGUCCGGCGUGAGCGCGUCCUGUGAUAACAUUAAAUACACAGCCUGGCUCGCCUCUGAAACCAUAAAACAUCUUAAACAGAACAUCACCAGCAAUGGACUGCCAUCUCUCCUCGACGUCAUAUCAUGCGACGCCGCCCUCGUCAGGCUCAAGAUAUGUCUCGUGGAUUCAGCCACCGCGUCGGAGGCGCAUCAGUUCAUGCCUGAUCUGUUGGAAUUAUUGGAAACGAUCCUGGAAUGUUGCAGACUCAGUGUAAGUAUGGAGCUGGACAGCUUAAUGGAGACGUCGAGCAACCCGUCGGACAUAGCGGUGGCGAACGUCCGCCUCCAGGUGUGCGGCAGCGCGGGCGUGGCUCACACUAUGACGUCAGUGGGCGCGCCGCCGGCUCUCGGCACCUGGCUCAAGGCUCAGCUGCCGUCGAACGUCGCGGCCGCCAUAGAUUCCUACGCCACGCCGCCGCCGUUUGCCUGUAUUAACUUGUCGAUCUACGAGAGUCACAUUAUACCGUCAGAAAGUGCAGUACUCAAAUUAGUGUCCUCCCAUUGCGAGUUAAUUAGCAGCAACAGCAAGUACUCCAUCGGCACCUCGCUUAUGAUGUUGGCGUAUUCGGCUUCUAAGCUCCUAGAAGUUGGCUCUAACAAACUGGCCGAUAGCCCGACUUUAACGAAGAAGACUUUGGAUUUGAUUGUCCCAGCUUUGACGGACGGGCGACUGGAGUUCCUGUCAGAGCCUCUAGCCGCAACCCUCAAUGCUUUGGUUACACAAGCUAACAGAGCGGAACAACUUGUUCAUGAACAUGUCUUGAAGACCACUUACACGGCGCUCAUAGAACACCUGCAGCCGUCCACGGAGAAGACAUUACGUCAUAUGGUGAAAUAUUGGGAGAAAAUACUCGAACGGCCAGUGGGCCGUGUGGCUUAUGAGAAUGUGUUCGCUGAUAACACUGGAUACGCUCUCGGCAAGAUACUUUUAUCCGCCCCGAACGCUAGGAAUCCGUAUACGGAGAGAGUAAUUAAACUUUUCAUCAAGAUAUUCAGCGGCUGCGACACCUCGGAUAUGAAUAGUCCUCUUUGCGUGUCCGUCUGCAAAUUUAUCGGCGUGGCUGAUCACCAGAAGUUAUUAAAUCUUCUGGCCCACAUCUGUUUGGUUCCACCAGCGUCAACAAACGGCAACGUAGCCACAGCGAACGGCAGUCCAGCGGAGACAGAGCUGCCAACACCGACAUCUUCAGCUCCCGACGGUAACCCGGCGUCGCUGGCCUUCCGGAACGCCCUGCAGUCCGUCUUCCGAACAGACAACGAUGCUAGGAACGACAACGUGAACCGCAACGAUCAAGACUUACCAGUUUUCGAUACGCCUUCUCCGGCUCCGAGAGCACAAUCAGAAGCGGCUCAGCAGUCUGAGAGCUGCAGCUGGUCGGACGGCAGUAAGGAGAGUAACGUCGUGGCCGUCCCCGAAGGUCCGACCCCCACGUCCGACUCUACCAAUGAUAACGCUACCCUACUCAGCUUAUUGUGCAAACACAUCGUGCAUCACGGUGGCGACAAGGUGAGCGAGCGCACACUGCUGGCUCUGAUCGCCGUGUGCGGUGACUCGUGUGCGCCUCACCUCCUGCGAGAUAUGUGCCGCCUGGCUGACGGACACUUCGGGGCUGAUCAUCGUCAUCUCUUCCCCGCAGCCAUCGCUUGGUUGUCCGCAUGUGUGGAUAACCUCAGCAGUGCGGAAGUAUUGGAGAAGUUGGAAGAGGGUCAAAUAGAUGCAAGCUUGACUCCCCAAAUAGAGUCGGCGUGCGUGUUGCUCUCGUACGUAGCAGACGCCUUACACGCUAUCGGUACUUCACAGCCUCAUACUUGGCGCUCUGUGAGUCCCACUUGGGAGUCACCUUCAGAUCUCGGAUUUGACUUCGACUACACCGACGAGCAACAAGACGAUGACGACACGAGCGCUGAUGAUUCUGACGAAGAAGCCAUGCUCCAAUACAAGCUGUGUACGUUCACGGUGACGCAGCGGGAGUUCAUGAACCAGCACUGGUAUCACUGCCACACGUGCAAGAUGGUGGACGGCGUCGGCGUGUGCACGGUCUGCGCCAGGGUGUGCCAUCGGAACCACGACGUGUCAUACGCCAAGUUCGGGAACUUCUUCUGCGACUGUGGCGCCAAACCUGACUCCAGCUGUCAAGCUCUAGUGAAGCGCUCAGUAACACUAGGCGGCGCGCGCGGCGCUGCCGGUGGUUCAGAGGACACGCCCCCCGCACCCUCCAUCCGCAGGCGACCCUCGAGCCCCACGCCGCCCGCGCUGCUCGCGCCACCACGACGACCUUUACUUGCUCACUAUAUACACGGUUGUCGUCAGUUCCUGUUGUCGUACGGCGGGUGGACGUCGUGUUUGGAGCGCGCGAGGCGUCUCCUGAGCGUGUUGGCGGGUCCGGUGCGGGCCGCGUGUGAGCGAGGAGCGGCCGUGGGCGCACACGGACGAGCACAACGAGCUCUGGCUCAACUCCACCUUGGAGAGAAGCGGUUUACUAACACUGAUUCUCUCAUGUUACCUACUCUAGGAUCCCAAGAGGGCGCUUUCGAGAACGUCCGCAUGUCUUACACGGGUGAAAACGGUCAGACUAUCAGGCAACUGAUGUCGGCGCACAAGCUGAGGCGGGUGGCUAUGUGCUGUCUCGCCUCGCCUCACGGGAGGAGACAACACCUCGCCGUGUCACACGAGAAAGGAAAAAUAACAGUACUACAACUAUCAGCUCUCCUGAAACAAUCGGACUUUUCAAAACAUAAGUUGACCUUACCGCGUUUGUCCUCCGCUCCUAUACCCUUCACUGUGCUGAGUCUCAGCGGCAACGCCUGCAAUGAAGAUUUACUGGCCGUGUGUGGACUGAAGGAAUGUCAUGUCCUAACUUUCAACAGCGGCGGUGCCGUAGCUGACCACCUAGUCCUCAACACGGGUCUCGAAGCAAACAAUUACGUUAUCAAGGCGAUUUGGCUCCCGGGUUCGCAGACGCAGCUCGCUCUAGUCACCUCAGACUUCGUCAAGAUAUUCGACCUCAGCAAGGAUCUCAGUAAUCCAAUGCAUCACUUCCUUGUACCUAGUGGAAAGGUGCGAGAUGUAACAUUCGUAAAUCAAGACGACGUAAUGCAUAUGUUGUGCAUGAGUUCCGCGGGACAUAUCUACUGGCAGCCGAUGAGUGAGGAGUCGAGAGCCACGUUGGGAACUUUCUAUAUUACGAAUACUCUCGAAGUUUUGCAUCCUGAAAUCCAGGAUGUCGCUGGAUUGGUGGGCGGCGGUGGAGUGUCGAUCUACUAUUCUCAUACGCUUCGAAUGUUGUUCUUCUCAUACGCUCAAGGAAAGAGUUUCCUUGCGCCACUCAAUAGCGUCGAAGAUAGCGUCAAAGGAACAGCGAUGAUAACGCUUUCGUCCCCGGCCCAGAAGGAAGGUCGCAAGGCGGGUGUCCAGUCCCUAUGCCAGUGGGCGGAGGUCCCCGCACACCCCGGCCUCGUGACAGCCGUCAUGCAGGCCUCUAACAACCCCGUCGUACUCAUGCUCACACCCAAUAACAUAUACGUACAAGAGAUUAAGGUGACCCCAGCUAAAGCCAAGAUAACAGACAUGGUAGCGGUCCGUCACUGGUGUGGUGGCGGUGAACAGAGGAGCACCUUGAUACUGCUGUGUGAAGACGGCAGUCUGCGCAUGUAUGCGGCCUCCAACGACCAUACUGGCUACUGGCUCUCUUCCGCCAUACAACCUGUUCACGCUCCGAGGCGAAGACCGAGACUUCUCACCCAUCACAAGGGCAAGGCCCAACAGGCUGCUACGAAAUCGAACUCCAAUGGAACACCACAGUUCCCGAUAGAUUUCUUCGAGCACUGUGUAGCGCUGAGUGAUAUUGAAUUUGGAGGGAAUGACCUGCUACAAGUAUAUAACACGGCUCAGAUCAAACAUCGGCUUAAUACUACCGGAUUAUAUGUCGUGUCAACGAAGAUGAGUGGAUUUACUAUGGAGGUGAAUAACUCUGACCCAAAUAUGGUUAUUUGUGGUAUCCGAGUACUGUUAGGCAGUCAAGACGCUGGUAGGACGCCCUCAUACAUAGAGGUUUACGGUCGGUCGAUCCAAACGAUAGUAGUCAGGAUGCGUUGGUUCGACAUACCGCUCACACGCGAAGAGUCUUUACAGUCAGAUAAGAAACUAUUGAUUAACUUUGGCCCUUCACAAGAACCCGAUGGUGUGACCAUGGUGGAUUCUGUUAAAGUUUACGGGAAGAACAAAGAACAAUUUGGUUGGCCAGAAGAAAAUGAAGAUCCUUCUGCUUGCUCAUCGUCUAGCAAAGUGGCACAGAUAUCUGUUAAUAAGGAGACGGAGACCAAUAGCGGCGCCUGGAAGCCGAGUCCUCUGGAACGUCUAGCGUGCGCGGCCUUAGAGGCGUUGGAGCUCGGGGCCACCGCCCCCGUCAGUACCGGCGCAGCCGCGGGGGCUGAAGCGGGCGCUGAGGCUGCUCGUAGAUUGCUCUGCGCCCCCGCCUCUCCUCAUCUUCAAGCACGCGCCCAGUGCCUCCUUAGAGCGGUCUACCAAACACAGUACCAUCAAUUCAAGGACCAAUCUAUCCUGCGGUAUGUGUGCACGUCACUACGCGAACUGCGAGACACUCCGGAUGCGCGUAAUGUCGACCCAGAAGCAUAUUUCCGACUCGUACUGUUGGCGAGAGGCGUCGCAGUCGCCAGGCCGCAACACCUCGUCAAAUUUAGCGCACCUACACCACCGAAGCCAGCCAAUGGUGAUUGGUCCACUCUCUGGAAGGGAGACUCCCAAGAUGAUACAGAGCGAGAGCCACACCUAUGUGCACUAUUAAUCAGCGUACUAUGGAAAUUAGCUGCUUGUCGCAACCGCGCCGGCGGCCCUCCAGGAAUACUGUCGUAUGGCUUGAGACACUCGGAACACACUUUACAUGCGCUCGCAGACACGAUCCAUGCGUUUCAAUUGCAUGCUGACUCGGAUUGUAUCGAUUUUGGAAAUGAAAUUUAUAUAUCGCUCCUGCUGGCUGAAGACCAAAGUAUCAGCUUCGGAACCAAGGCGGCUCUCAUGCGGGUCUUAAGACCACGUAUAAAAAGACGCAGAGUUUAUAUACCAUCGCCCCCGAAUACUCCAGGAGCGGGAUCAUCAGUGACAACAGCACAGCCCACCAGUUCAAUCACCGAGGCCGCUGUGUCCGAGUCCGAACUAAGCGCUAAUAGAGACGAGCAACAGGAAAACCAAUACAUGGACGUCGACGAUUCCCUCGAGCCAAUGGUGCUGUUGGCUCCUGACGGAGGACUUGAGGCGUUGCUGGACAUUCCCGCUGAUGCAGAUGACGAGACUAUGGUGGAACUGGCGAUAGCUCUGUCGCUACAGGAGCAAGGCCGCCGUGCGCCCGCCGCCCCCGCCGCGCCCCCCGCCCCCGUCCCGCCCGCUGCACACGCACAUCAAGCGUAUAGCGAUGCCACCGCAUCGCCAAACGGAUCUGACGACGAGGGCAGCACGGCCGCCACAGACGGCAGCACGCUACGCACUUCCCCCGCGGAGGCGGGCGGGUCUGCUGCCUCGGACAGCGGAGGAUCAGCCGCGGACAGCAUCGGAGGAGUGUCAGGAAGGAGCAGCGCGUAUGGCGAGGUGUCGGCGCCGGCAGCGAUGCCGUGCGCUGCCAUGGAACCCGCUGCGAUGCCAGCAGGUCCAUCGAGUUCAUCUCAACCAAUGGCGUCUACGUCUAGAGCUGCGGAAGCCGAGAAUGAGAGUCGUAGAUUACACGCGCUCCGCCUGUCACUCUUAUCAGCGGCGUUGGACACGAUACCCACACUGAGGACACUGCCCGGUGUACGCGCCAUUCCAUUUAUUCAGGUGGUCCUGAUGCUCGCUGGUGAUCUCGACUCCAGUAUAGAAGCAGAUCGUGCGGUGUUGGACCGUUUACUCGAAGUUCUAGUAGCCGAGUUGGACAUACAGCCGGAAGAAUCUGCCAGUGGUGAAGAUCGCACUGAACGACGCGAGUUGCAGUUGGCAAUCAUGAGAUUGGAACUGCUGGUUUCCGAGUUAGACGCACAGACAGAAGAACAUUCACCUCCUGUACACGAACGGACUAACAGGAGGGAGCUACAACUUAUAAUCAUGAGAUUACUGAGUGUACUGAUGGCUCGCUGGAAGAGCUGCGGAGGUUCGGGCGGCGUGAGCGGCAACGCGGUGGCGCGGGGCGAAGGGGGCGGCGCGAGUGCGGCACACGUGUCGCGUCUCGCCGCCGCCGCGCUCGUGCGGGCCGGAGCCCCCGCACACUGCUACAACGUCCUAGCCGCGCUGCUACCCUACUGGAAAGAGAAAACCAGCAACUCCAGCACAACAACGACCGUCCAGCCGCUACUGAAACCGCAGCCACCACAACCACUACCUGACAUGCAACCCUUCUUUGUCAAAGAGUACGUUAAAGGUCACGCUUUGGACGUUUUUGACAAUUAUCCACAACUGGUGAUGGAAAUGGCCCUUCGCUUGCCGUGUCAGAUACACAAGCACUGCGAUCCAAAACACUUCGAUGCUCGCUGGCGCACCCUCCUCUGCGAGUACAUGAUGAACCAACAAACUCCACUCAGAAAACAAGUACGUAAACUACUGUUGCUUCUGUGCGGAACCCGAGAGCGAUAUAGACAACUUCGUGACGUACACGCUCUCGACACACAUCUGAACGCGGCACGCGCCCUGCUGGCCACGGACCCUGCGUAUGACAAGCUCGUUAGACUCAUGGAACAUUUGAAGGCAUGCGCGGAGAUAGUAUCGGCUCGUACUGGCAACUGGCAGUUGACGUGCAGCAGCGAGCGGCGGGAGACGUUGUCGUGGUUGGUACGAGUAGCACGGCGCGUGCACCCUCACGUGGCGCCCACAGUACUACAGCUGCUGCAGGCGGCACUGUGUGCCCCCGCCGCACCCACCCCCUCCACGCCCGUGGGACCGCCCACUUCCGUCGCCAGCGCUGCUGCCUCGAAUAACACAAAGAACACCUCUGAAUGGCCAGAGCGAGAACGUAGCACCGAGAGCGACGCCUUCGUAUCAGACGGCUCCAAAUUCCAAGAUCAAAGAGUGCCGCAACUAGUGCAACAGAUUUUGAAACAGGUCAGUCAAGAUGAACUGAGACUGUUCGUAAAGGCAUUCCUACUGGAAACGAAUUCGACUGCCGUUCGCUGGCAAGCUCACGGUUUACUUCUCGCUAUAUACAAUAAUUGCUCUCAAACCGAACAGUCAUCCAUGGUGUCCCUGUUGUGGGGGUUGUGGCCUUCCCUGCCGCAGUACGGUCGCAAGGCAGCCCAAUUCGUAGACCUACUUGGAUAUUUCACUCUGAAGACGCCCAAUAUUGACACUGAGAAGUACCUCGGUAGCGCCGUGGAACUGCUCCGCAAUCAAAACUAUCUACUGUCAUCUCACGGUAACGCGUCCUUGUACGCCGCGCUGGGAGCGUUCGUUGAACUCGACGGAUACUUCUUGGAGUCCGAGCCGUGCCUCGUGUGCAACAACCCCGAGGUGCCCAUGGCCACCAUCAAGCUACCCACGAUUAAGAUCGACUCGAAGUUCACGACCACGACUCAGAUAGUGAAGCUCGUGAACAGCCACAUGAUCAGCCGCAUCAGCCUCAGGAUAGGAGACAUCAAGCGCAGCAAGAUGGUGAGGACCAUCAACUUCUACUACAACAACAGGACGGUGCAGGCUGUGCAGGAGCUCAAGAACAAACCGGGUAUGUGGCACAAAGCCAAACGUGUGCAGCUGCAGUCCGGUCAAUCCGAAGUCCGUGUAGACUUCCCCUUACCGAUCGUCGCCUGUAACCUCAUGAUGGAGUACGCUGACUUCUAUGAGAAUCAGCAAGCUACGGGCGAAUCACUGCAAUGUCCGCGAUGCUCUCAAUCAGUGCCAGCGAACCCCGGAGUGUGCGCUAACUGCGGAGAAAAUGUAUUCCAAUGCCACAAGUGUCGCGCUAUAAACUACGAUGAGAAGGAUCCCUUCCUGUGUCACGCGUGUGGGUUCUGCAAGUACGCCAAGUUCGACUACACGCUCACAGCGAGACCGUGCUGUGCCGUGGACACCAUAGAGAACGACGAGGAACGGAAGAAGAUGGUUCAGACUAUCGGGGCGCUGCUCGAUAAAGCCGACCGCGUGUAUAGACAGCUCAUAGCUAACAAACCUGUUCUAGAGUCGCUAGUACACAAGAUCAGCGAACAUCGCGUAGAAGGGCGCGCGGAUGAGAACAGCAACGGAGCGAGCGCCGCGUUCGGCGGAACACAGAUAAACCGCGUCAUACAGACGCUAGCGCACAAGUACUGCGUCGAGAGCAAAGGACACUUCGAGGACCUGUCCAAGAUCAUACAGAAAGUGCUGGCCUGCAGGAAAGAGCUCGUGGCUUACGAUAGGACACAAAGCGAACAACAGAAAGGCGAUACCCUACCCGUGUACGCCGGUCUCCUGCAAAACUAUGACGGAGACGUUACAAAGGUUGUUCGUGCAGAAUGUGGAGGUGGCUGCUACGGGUGCAGCGUGGCGUGCGCUGAACAGUGCCUGACUUUGCUCCGAGCGCUGGCCUCGCAGCGGGAACACCGAGCGAGACUGUGUCGCUUCGGGCUAGUUCGCGAACUUGUCCAGCAUAACCUGCACCGCGGGACACCGCAGUGUCAAGAAGAAGUACGUGCACUCAUCUGUCUUGUGACCCGAGAUAAUUUACCAGCAACUGAACAAUUGUGCAAUUUGCUCUCUCAAAGGAUAACACUCUCUUUGAUGGGUCACGCCGCAUCACAGGAUCAUAACAACUCGGUUCGACCGCUGGUUCUAUUACUUGGGUCUUUGGUUAAGGUCCAAGACUCUAUUGACUGCUGGGAGGUCAGAUUGCGCUGUAUAGUGAAGCUAUGGGUUUGGUGUUGUCCCCAAUUGACGGAGGUUGUCGGUAUACCUCCCGCGGCGAGUGCAAUUUUGAAGGCUGAAGCUCUAGCCGGCAUUCCGGGAAUAAACACCUCUUCGCCGAACUCACACCAAUUCGCGCUACAACAAGUGGCGCUACCCUGUCUGCGCUAUAUGCAGGAGUUGAUGGCGCCUCCACCUUCAGCGCUACCUCCGCCAUCGGCGCCCACGAAUGAGGAACAAGAAAAGGAAGUGACAAACAGUCUGCCCACCAGCGCCGGAAACAUGGUGGUGGAUCUAUCAGCAUGGCUGGCGGGGAAGGUGCCGCACGCGCAGUGGCGACGCCUGGUGGGAGCUGUCGAACCUCCGCCGAGCGAUUCAGCGAUACCAGCUCGCGAUCUACACCUUGCACAUAAAUACCUCGGCAAGUGGAAAGAACGGAUGUUGCUCUCCCAUGGCAUGCGACCUUUGGCCCUGGACGAGGGCGGGUGGCUGCGGCCCGUCAUGUUCGACCCCAGCUCUCGCAUCGCCAGGGACACAGCAUGCCAGAUGGUGAAGAGUUUAUGCGAUUCCUACGAAAGGACGAAGGCUGUCCUGAUAUUAUUGACGAGCUUCCUUCCCGAGGUCGGAACUGCCGGAGAGGCGAGCGAACAGUUUCUGCAACUCUAUCAGAGUCUGGCGUCCGAGGCUCCUUGGAAACAGUUCCUGGCUUUACGUGGAGUGCUGCAACAGAUCGCCGACCUUAUGACCAAAGAGAUAGAUCAACUGCAUCGUCUCGAAGAAACCACGCUAACAUCCGACCUCGCUCAAGGUUACGCUCUGAAGCGUCUGACGGAGCUGCUAGCGAUGUUCCUGGAGGAGCCGGGCGCCAGACGUACUUACAAGGGCCGUCUUGUUGGGGCCGUGCUGGGCGGAUAUCUGUCACUCAGGAGACUUGUGGUACAACGCACCAGGCUCACGGACGACACGCAAGAGAAGCUUCUAGAGCUGUUGGAAGAAAUGACUACCGGUACGGAGACAGAAACAGCCGAGUUUAUGGCGGUGUGCAUAGAGACGGUCCAGAAGUACCCGCUGCAGGACUAUCGUACACCUGUGUUUAUUUUCGAGAGGCUCUGUUCCAUCAUCUACCCGGAGGAGAACGAUGUGGCAGAGUUCUUCCUCACACUGGAGAAAGAUCCACAACAAGAAGACUUCUUACAGGGUCGCAUGUUGGGCAACCCGUACUCGUCUUUAGAACCAGGGAUGGGUCCUCUGAUGAGAGAUGUGAAGAAUAAAAUAUGUACCGACUGCGAGUUGGUGGCACUCCUGGAAGACGACAACGGAAUGGAACUACUCGUGUGCAACAAGAUCAUGUCUCUGGACUUACCGGUCAAGGAAGUAUAUAAGAAGGUGUGGUGUACAUCUGGCGAGGAAGUAGACGCCAUGCGGGUCGUGUACCGCAUGAGGGGGCUGCUAGGAGACGCCACCGAGGAGUUCGUCGAGACGCUGAGCCAGACCAACGCUGAGACCGUCGACGACGAACAAGUAUACCGCAUGGCUAACGUGCUCGCUGACUGUGGCGGGCUGGAAGUCAUGCUCCAGCGGCUGGCGGCCAUAGGACGCGUGGGGUGCGCGAGGUCACUGGUGUCGACGCUGUUGCGUCUCCUGGCUUUGUGUGCUCGCGUGCGACGUUGCGUGCGCGUGCUGACCCGCCCCGAGGCGCGCGCUCUGCCCGUUCUAUUGCACGCACUCAGCCUGGCCGCCGCAGACGAGCGAGACGUUCAACGCGCCCCGCUCGUCUAUCAGCUGUUGGAGAUAAUGGAACGUAUUCUAUCGGUGGCCGCGAGCGAAAGUCUCGAAUCUUUUCUACAAUUUUCGCUCACCUUCGGCGGACCGGAGCACGUUCAGGCUUUGCUCAACUGCACGGAAUGUCCAGGUAUCCGCAACAACUCUGUGGCCCUGGGUCACCUGACUCGCGUUCUGGCCGCGCUAGUUUACGGCAACGAUCUCAAGAUGGCGAUGCUAGUGGACCACUUCAAGCCCGUCCUGGACUUCGAUCGCCUGGACUCGGAGCAGUGGAGCGAGGAGGAGUUCCGUAUGGAGCUGUUCUGUGUCCUGUGCGCUAACAUAGAACGGAACUCUAUCGGUGGAACCCUCAAGGACUACUUGAUAUCGCUCGGCGUCGUUCGCGACGCGCUCGAGUAUAUUGUGAAACACGCUCCGUGCGUGAAGCCAACGUUAGUCUUAACCGACUCUGACGAACUGAAGGAAUUCAUAAGUCGCCCGGCGCUCAAAUACAUCUUGCGCUUCCUCACCGGACUCGCCGCGGACCAUGAACCCACUCAGAUGCUGGUGUGCGAGAAAGUUAUUCCGAUCGUGCACCGUCUGGAACAAGUGUCGUCGGGGGAGCACGUGGGCUCGCUGGCCGAGAACUUGCUGGAGGCGCUACGAUCGCAACCGCAGUGUGCGGCCAAGGUGCAGCAAGUCAGAGAGUUCACGAGACAGGAGAAGAAGCGUUUGGCGAUGGCGGUUCGCGAGCGGCAGCUGGGCGCGCUCGGCAUGCGCAGCAACGAGCGGGGCCAGGUGACGGCGCAGUGCUCGCUCACACAACAGGUGGCGGACCUGGCGGAGGAGGCCGGGGCCGUCUGCUGCAUCUGUAGGGAGGGAUACAAGUACCAGCCGACUAAGGUGUUAGGUAUCUACACGUUCACGAAGCGCUGUGCGGUGGAGGAGUACGAGGUCCGCGCUCGCAAGACGCUCGGCUACACCACCGUGUCCCACUACAACAUAGUACACGUGGAGUGCCACAUGGCGGCCGUGAGGCUAGCACGCGCCAGGGACGAGUGGGAGAGCGCCGCCCUACAGAACGCGUCGACUCGUUGCAACGGUCUGUUGCCGCUGUGGGGUCCGCAUGUCCCGGAGGCAGCCUUCGCCUCGUGUCUGGCCAGACACACCACCUACUUGCAGGAGUGUACCGGCCACCGCGACAUCGGCCACGCGUGCACCGUCCACGACCUGAAGCUGCUGCUGGUGAGGUUCGCCCGCGGACGGACCUUCCACGACGACACCGGCGGCGGCGGCCCGCUGUCCAACAUGCAGCUGGUGCCCGCGCUCAUACACAUGGCGCUAUACGUUAUUAACACUACCCGGGUGGCUGGUCGCGAGGUGUCGUCCCUGGACGCGAGCGUGUCGUGGGCGGCCGGCCGAGCGCUGGAGGCGGCUCACGAGGCGGACGGCCCGCUGUAUUACCUCACACUCAUGCUGUUACUGUAUCCGAUCAACAGAUGGCGCUCCCUCCGCUUGGACAUGCUAAAGCGCCUGCUAGUGACUGGUCACGUGCGCGCCGUGUGUCCCGGGGGUCCCGCGCUGAGGGCUCUGUCCGCGGAACAGAGAGCCGCUCGACCCUGGACCGACUACAAGCCGUACGCCAUCUUCGUAGCGCUGAUACACCAAUUGUAUACCGUCAUGUUUAAGAACGUAAACGCGACGACAGUGGAACAGUGGCCCAUCAGGCUGGCGGAGUACAUCCGGCACAACGACGAGGCCAACGCGAAGGCGGCCGAGCGCAUCGUGACGACCCUCACGGACGAGCUGCUGCCGUGCGCGUCCUUCGCCGAGUUCUGCGACGCGGCGGGCUUCCUGGACGACAUCCCCGACCCCGACUCCUUCCUCCAGACCCUCAUAGACGAGCAGCCGUGAUGAAAGCCGUUUGCGCCCUACUGUAUCAGCUACAACGGGUGCAUGCUCAGCUAAUACUACUUGGUAGGCGCCGAAAUUAACAAGUUACGUUAUGGACUCCGAUUGAUUCAGUGUUUUUGCUUCGAUAUUUAAAUGUUCGUGCUUCUAUCCCCUCCCCCUGGCGCUUCGAAUGUAUCCCGCUUGGUUAGCUUCAAUAAAUACUUCUCACCUCG